ACUGCGAUUCUCCGCUACUCACACCGGGUCUCCUUGUUGAUCUGACGUGCCGCGUUCUUGUUGCUCUGUUCUGUUUUCCAUUGCUCAGGCGGUUAGCACUGGCUGAUUUUUAGCUGACUGUGAUCUGUUCGGCACGCGGCUGCUGGUUGUGUUGUUGGGUUUUUUUGUGAGAAUAUCAGUUAUCGUUUUCCAUAUGGUGCAAGUUAUUGAAGUGGUCAGGUCGAAUCCAUUCGACUUGUCCCAUUCUAUGAACCGCCCCAUCCAAGUAAAGCCAGCGGACAGUGAAAACCGCGGAGAUCGUAAGCUGUUCGUGGGUAUGCUUAGUAAGCAACAAACUGAAGAGGAUGUCCGACAGUUAUUUGCACCUUUUGGAACAAUAGAAGAGUGUACCAUCCUCAGGGGGCCUGACGGUACAAGCAAAGGUUGUGCUUUUGUGAAAUACAGCUCACAUCAAGAAGCACAGGCGGCCAUUAAUAGCUUGCACGGCAGUCAAACUAUGCCGGGAGCGUCAUCUAGCUUAGUAGUAAAGUUCGCCGAUACAGAAAAAGAGCGCCAACUCCGACGUAUGCAGCAGAUGGCUGGAAAUAUGAAUCUCCUUAAUCCAUUUGUGUUCAACCAGUUUGGAGCUUACGGAGCUUAUGCACAGUCCGACAUUUUCCAACAACAGGCUGCUAUUAUGGCAGCGGCAACUGCACAAGGAACAUACAUUAAUCCAAUGGCUGCGAUAGCAACCCAACUUCCCCAUCCACCGAUAAACGGAAUGGCGAAUUCUGCAUUGCCGCCAACAUCAGAUGUACCAGUGGGUCCUGUAGGUCCAGUAGGUCCACCUGGAAAUGGCCAGCCAAUUAAUGGCACAAUGCCAAGUUUACCAUCCCCCACCAUGCCAACUUUUAAUAUGGCGGCACAAACUCCCAACGGCCAGCCAGCCGGGCAAGAGCCGCCAGUGUACACUAACGGAAUCCCUCCUCCACAAACUUAUCAAGCACACGCGCUACAUCUGUCCAUACCUGCACAAGGCUUGCCGAAUGGUGAGGCUGCGCUACAGCAUCCCGCAUAUCCAGGUAUGCAGCCGGCGUAUCCAGGUGUUGACCAAAACCCAAAUUCCGUUACAUAUUUCUCUCAUGAAGCAACUGCUUACCCCGCCGUAUAUGGUCAAUUCCCACAGGCUAUCCCACAACCAAUGUCGGCAGUUGCUCCUGCACAAAGAGAAGGUUGCUCAAUAUCAGGUCCUGAAGGCUGCAACCUCUUCAUAUAUCAUCUACCGCAAGAAUUUGGAGACGCAGAAUUAAUGCAGAUGUUUCUUCCCUUUGGAAACGUGAUUAGUUCGAAAGUAUUUAUUGACCGUGCCACAAACCAGAGUAAAUGUUUUGGAUUCGUAUCUUUCGAUAAUCCAGCCAGUGCUCAAGCCGCCAUCCAAGCUAUGAACGGCUUCCAAAUAGGCAUGAAGAGACUUAAGGUUCAAUUGAAAAGGCCCAAAGACGCCAGUCGGCCCUACUAACAAAUGGCCUCUGAGCCGUGGGUACCUCAGUUAAGGGUGCUUAUACGCCAUUAGUAUACACUAUAUUAUAUUAUAUAAACAAUAGAUAACCUUUGAAAUAUACCUGGCAAGACUCCGAGCACAAACCGUUGCAAAAAUAAGCGGGGCUUAGUAUAUAGACUACCUAUAUUUCUCGUCAAGAUAGGCGACACAAUAGCUAACAGGACGCAAUUUGAAUAACAAACACACUCUUAAGAGCCCGUACACAUGACAGCGUUUAACGCCGCGUUUUACCUGAUAAACCCUAACGCCGCGUUUCAAGUUACCAAUGAACAAAUGGUACCGAACACAUGCAAGCGCGCGUUUAACAAGUAAAGCCGCGGCGUUAAGCGCUCAUGUGUUCAAGCUCUAAACUCUAAACAAUUUUGGACUUGGAAAGGUUCAUAAUUUCUAAUUGGCAAAAUAUUGACUGGAAGAUAAUAACAAGAAAGAUAUGUGUAGCGUUAACUAAAGAAAGAAUAUAUCAAAUAGUAUGUGUAUCAGAAUGAAUAACAGUGUUGAUGUACAGGGUGAUUCAAUCAGUAUGUCCAAUCUGUGAGUUGUAGAUUCUAGACCUCAAAAUAUGAUGAUUCUGCCCAACAUGCCUUAUACAAAUAUUGCUAGUUUCAGAGUCACUGAGUGUUUAAAUAUAGAAUUUAAUAUUAGCCAUAAAUGUGUAUAUUAUUAUGUAUUUUCACAAUUUCUAUUUAAAAAUUGACAAUUUGACGUUUAUUAGCAUGAUUUUUUCAUUCAUAGGAUAUUCUGACCAAUUGAAAGCUACAGAAAUAAAAAUUACAGCGAUUAUUUCAUUCAUAGGAGAUUCUGACCAAUAGAACGCUACAGAAAUAAAAAUUAAACUGAUUAUUUUUUAUUGAUUUUAACUUCCAAUCGCAUAGUAAGAUAUUUGAUCACGUGUUUAAUUCUGUCCAAUCAGAUUAAAAUUAUACUGAGAAUUAUCUACUGUACAAAAUUACCGAUAGAAUUUUUUCUGACUUUUUGUUUAAUGGCAACCAGUUUCCUAGUUUUGACAACUGUCACAUUUAAGAAAAUAUUCAUAAUAUACCUAUUAAAAAAUAAUCUUACGAAUACCACACGACAGUAAGAAUAAAUAAGAAAAUAAUGCUUCAUUUUUACUCAAAUUUGUUGUCAUUGGGCAAUAGCCACUCGAGCCCUGCGGGCUCUCGUGUCUAUUGCCCGACAACAAAUUUUCGAAAAACUGUCGCAUUAUUUUCAAUUUAUUCUCACUCUCUUGUGAUAUUUUACCUGAUAAUUUUUGAUAAUAUCCCGUCGUCAAGUAUAUUACGUCAGAUGCCCUUCGUUGCUACGAAAAAAUACAUUCAGUGACAUUAAUGACAAUUAAUGUUUUAAAAAUUAUAAAAGUAAUGACUUUCAACUGUCAAAUAUUUAUAACAACUGUGUGUUUAAUUGUACUAAUUUGUACUUACAGUUUUAUUUAUGAAAUAAUCGCAACAAAUUGCACUCGAUCUCUAAAAUUAUUAUCGAAUUUUUGCCCUCGUGACACUUUGACAUAAUUUCACUCCCCUUCGGUUCGUGAAAUUAACACUGUCAAAGUGUCACUCGGGAAAAAUUCGAUAAUUUUAGAGCUCUCUUGUAAUUAUUACUGAUAAUUUUUGAUAAUAUCCCGUCGUCAAGCAUUACGUCAGAUGCCCUUCGUUACUCCGCAAAAAUGAACAUUCAGUGACAUUAAUGACAAUUAAUGUUUUAUAACUUGUCACAGAGAACACCAAGAAACAGGUUUAGCAAAUAUUCAGGUGAAGAUAUCAAUAAAAUAUUAGUUAAAAUUAUUUAAAAACAGUAUUAUUCAUGAAAUAAUCACAGCGACUUACACUCGCCUCGCCAUUAAUGCCUCAUUUACGACCAAAAUGAAAAAUUCAAAGGAUUCAAAUCAGGACUUCUGAGUGACCAAACAAACUCACUCCCACGAUCAAUGCAUUGAUGCGAAAAUUGUUGAUUUAAGUAUCGACGAACGGACGAACGUCUAAAGAAUAAUUUAGUGGUUCCCCGUUGUGCAAAGUCACAUCUUUUGUCUUAAGGCGAGAGGUAUAUCCUCUAGUAAUUCGCGUAAGUGUUCUUAAAUCGAAAUCGAAAAUUAUCUUAUCUGGGACAUAUAGUGAGGGGAAGUCGAUAUAAAAUAUUACAAUUGAUCCUUAAAGGCAAAAUAUAGGGCCGUAGAGGUGUAGGAAGACAACAAGUUUCUUAGUUAAAAAACAUUCGUGAAUGGACUCAGAUAUCAAAUGCAGGACAACUAUUUCAUAUUGCAGAAGAUCGAGAAGCCUUCGCAAUGGUGAUCGCCAAAGUCGGAUAAUUCUGAUAUGGCACGUGAAGAAGAAGAAAAAGAAGAAGUUCUUAAAUCAAAUCUAAAUAUAGAGGUCCAUUUAAAUUGGUUGGCAGUUCAGAAGGACCUAUAAAAUAGUCACAUAUUAUACUGCACUAAAUGUUAUCCCUAAACUCGUGCUGAAAAUGUGCCGAAAAGUAACUAGCGCCCUUUAUAAGCAAUGCUACAUUAGAGUCAAAAUUAGCAAUCCUCAUGACACAAAACGUAUAAUUGCCAAUUUUUAAAUAGAAAUUGUGACAAAAUAUAAAAUGAUUGGUAAAACUAAAAUCAAUAUUUAAACUUUAAAUACUCAGUAGCCAUCUGUGAAACUGGUAAUAUGUGUAUGACAUGUUGGGAAAAAUCACCAUAUUUUGAGAUCUACAACUUAGAGAUUGGACAUUGUUAAUUAGGAUUCAUUCUGUAUAGGUAUAGUCCUGUC